CCAGCGUUUGAGGAGCAGAUGCGGCUUAUGUUUGGAGUCAAGGAAGCCUACAAGAUCUUUACCAUCGACAAGCUGAUCGGAUCGAUUAUCAAACAGAUCCAAGUAAUCCUUGCCGACUCCAAGAGUCAAGAGCUGCAAGAAACUCUGAAGCGAGACCGAAGUAUUCCCUCGCUCACAAUGCAAGACUACAUGAACAAUCGGCAUAACGCUCAAAGGUGCUUGGGCCGGAUCAGAAUCUAUCGUAAUAUGGAAUUGACGCGAUGGGAGCAGCUGCCGGAAUCUAAGAAGAUGACAUUGCAGUUGAUUGGGAAGGAUGAUUCCAGCUUUGAUGACUCGGAGGUAUUGACUGGGCGAUGGCAGGCGUACAUAAAAUCCUAUGCUCAAACUGGUCUGACCACCGAUGUAUCCCAAACGAAGAUCAUGCGGCCAUUCCUACAAAAAAAUCUAUCGGCGACUAUUCCAGCCGAAGCAAACAUCAAGACCAGUGACGGCUUGAAGAUCAAAGUGUGCGACUAUUUGUGGAAGAUACGGCAGCAGGAGGAUGUUCAGAAGGCGUCGGAGAACCUGCGGGCCAGGAAUGUUCUUCGGAAGAAAUAGCUGGAGAAUUCCUCCAAGCCGGUGCCGGUGCCUUCAUAACGACGCUGUGUUUGU